AUUAACUCCUUUACAUCUUGAUUCAGGUUCCAAGUGUUCAGGAUUUCACAGCUGCUUCACUUGCGCUUGUGGCCAGCCUGCAUAUACCCAUGAAACAGUAGUGGAAACAAAGCAAGAAAGACUGGCUCAGGGUAAACCAGUAGGACGGGAUGUUCCAUAUGCAGCAAUGGGAGGAUUAACUGGCUUCAGCUCACUGGCAGAAGGCUACAUGCGAUUAGAUGACAGUGGAAUCGGUGCACCUUCAGUUGAAUUUUUAGACUCUCCAGUUACAUCCAUAGACCACCCGUUUGUAAAAGCAUUUCAAGCAUCAUCCAGUUCUUCAAAAGCAAAACUGACCGAUG